UGUUCUAACUGAGCAAAGCUUCUGUAAAAAUCUGACCUUUCUAAUUAUUAAUCAGCUCCCAAGUGCAUACCUUAAAAAUCUAGCUGUUUCUAUUGUCUUGCAACUAUUUUCUCAUUAAUUUUGACUUUCACGUUUUGAAGCCUUCAUCUCUUGAUAAAGCAAGAGAGCCAAAAAAGGCAGAAAGGGAAAUACCAGCAGUUUGAAAGGCCCAUUCUUUUUUCUUUGUAUUUUUUUCGUGCCUUUUCGUGAACUCUUCGUAGGCUAUGGCAGAGCACAGCAGACGUCUCCCCCGUCCCCUUUCCCAACGGGACCUGAACUGGGAUCCUUUCCGGGACUGGGCACAGCCCAGUCGCAUUUUUGACCAGGAAUUUGGGUUGCCCCCUUUCCUGGAGGAAGGAGAUCUGAACUGGAUCGACUGGGCGAGGAGACGGCUGUCUUCUUCCUGGCCAGCUUACUUGCGCUCACCCCUGUUUGCACCUUAUUCAUUCUAUGAGCAAGGGGCCAGCAGCCCAAAUCUUCAGAGGCAACUGUGCGGAGGAGUAUCUGAAGUCAGGACUGGACCCGACUGCUGGAAAAUUAGCCUGGAUGUCAACCAUUUCUCUCCAGAAGAAAUUACCAUCAAAAUAAAAGAGGGCUACCUGGAAAUAGCAGGCAAACAUGAAGAAAGACAGGAUGAACAUGGAUUUGUCUCCAGAUGUUUUACAAGGAAGUAUAAGAUCCCCUCGAGUGUGGAUCCUCAGAACAUCAGCUCCUCCCUAUCGCCAAGUGGCAUCCUUUCUGUGGAAGCCCCUCUCCCCCAGCAAGCUGAUGGAGCUCCAGUCGAGAUUGUCAUCCCUGUUCAGGUGGAGAGAAAAAAGGAAGCCCAGAAAGAGGAGGAUGAAGCGGAGGGAGAGGACAGAGGCCACUUGCAACCCACUGAAGAGACUGAGGCACAGCAAUAUGCAGACACUGUGCCUGGAGCCAGGGCGGAUCUGGAGCAUGAACAUGAAAGUGCAUUACAAGAAAAUGCCAAUCAGAAACCACAGCCACAUUCAGGGCAGCAAGGUGCACCAUUUGGUUCAGAGGAGGGUGUUCCUGUCCAGAGUGAACAGGGUGCCACCAGUGAAGAACCAGUGGUGCAAACUGGACUUCAGCAAGGUGUCACUGAAGAACCUGUGAUGGAAACCCCAGCAACACCCGAGGAACCUCCUAUAGAAGGACCACAGCAGGAUCCUGUCAAACCACAGGAUUCCCUGUGCUCUGGACAAGUGGUCUCAGAGAAACAGGACACUGAGCAGCCUGAAGAGGUUAAAGAACGCACACAACAUUCCUGAUUCAAUUUACACUUACUAAAUAGCAAUGCUCUAUAUACCAGGUUGUCAGUGUCCAUCUGUUUUGGAACUGCAGAAGUACAGUAAUAAAGAAACUACACCAAACAUUGUAAGACUUGCUAUUUAGGAGUACUAAUAAAGAACUGCAAGCAACAA